CCACCUCCGAGCUUCUCCUGCCGAGGAACCUUCUUCUUAAGUGAAGUCCUUGGCCGAAGCCACCGGGACUGCUCUACAGGAAGGCGUGGGGAGGAAAAAAGCCUUCAACCGGGAGCGAGAAACGGGGUGAUAACUACAGACUGCCCCCCAUCACGCCCUCUUUCAGCCAUGAGCAUCUCAUGACGGAGCUCAUCUCCUGAUGCCAUUGUGAGGAAGGGCAAACAAUAGCAGAAUGAGAGAAUGAAUUCCGGGGGGAGCUGCUAAACCAAAGGUGGACUCGAGGCGAGAGGAUCAGCAGCUGUGAAACAAGACAAAAACUAAACAGCCGGGAGGCCAAGAUGAAUGUAGACAUUGAAGAUAAAAGAACUCGCACACGAUCCAAAUCCAUCAGAGUGAUCCCAGCAGAUCUUGUGGGACAGGAAGUGAGUUUACAAAGCUGCCCCUUAGCGCGGAAACGCAAGCUGCAGGACGCGGAAACAGAGACCUCAUCGUCCAAAAGGAAAUCGCACCCGCUCAAGUUGGCGCUGGACGAAGGGUACAACGUGGACAGCGAUGGGAGCGAGGAGACCGAGAUGAAGCAGGAGGAGUCCGGGUCGGAGGAUUCCGAGGGAACGCUAGAAGAGACAGAGGAGGAUUCGGAAGCGACAGAACCAAAAGAUACCCCCAGCCCAGACCCCGCAGAAGCUGAAAAAGCUACAUAUGGAGAAGAGACGGCCAACGCUGAAAGCAGCUCUCCUGCAAAACCCGGCUACAGCAGCUACCAGGAAAUCAUUGCCAAUUCUCUGUUGAACCUGGGGCAUAUAGCCAAGCAGGCGCUGGUGUCAGAGGGGCAUUUGGCAGAAAGCGAGCUGGACUCUCCCAAACCGAGUUCUGGCGUGGUAGAGCUAGUCCAGGAGGAGGUCGAAGAAGCCUUGGUGGAGGACGUGUGUGACAAGGAGAUCAUCAUUCAGACUGAAGAUGCCGAAGAGGUCAUCGAGGUCACCAGUGAAAGGAGCAGCGAGGUGUGUCUGGAGCCCAGGGACGACGUCAACUGCGACGUCAACGCCUGUAAGCUGCAGAAAGACGCAGAUGAAGAGGAAGAAGAAGAAGAAGAUGACGAUGAUGACCUUGACGAGGAUGAUGUUGAUGAUCUGGACGAAGAGGAAGAGGAAGAAGAAGAGUGUUCCUCUGAGAUGGUCAACCAAGAUGCGCCUCGUGUUUCUCAGGACUCCCCUAAAAUCCACUGUGAAGGACGGUUCAGUCCUAAACCCGAAUACUCCGUCAUCGUGGAGGUUAGGUCGGACGACGACAAAGACGACGACAGCCAUUCUCAGAAGUCGUCCGUGACGGAUGAGUCCGAAAUGUACGACAUGAUGACUCGAGGGAACCUGGGUCUCUUGGAACAAGCGAUCGCCCUCAAAGCAGAACAGGUGAAAGCCGUUCGGGAGCCGAGUCGAUCCUCAGGGGACGUCGCUAAGAAUUUCCAGCCGGAUGAUAAACAAAAUAAGUCCAUAGACACCAUGAGGAAAAACUUCUACGAUGCCGCGAGACCGGAGAAGCGAGAGAUUAAAUGCCCCACACCUGGCUGCGACGGCACGGGUCAUGUUACAGGGCUGUAUCCUCAUCACCGAAGCCUCUCAGGAUGUCCUCACAAGGACAGGAUCCCUCCGGAGAUUCUGGCGAUGCACGAGAAUGUACUGAAGUGUCCGACGCCGGGGUGCACCGGGCAGGGUCAUGUCAACAGUAACCGGAACACCCACAGGAGUUUAUCCGGGUGCCCGAUUGCUGCCGCCGAAAAGUUAGCCAGAUCUCAUGAAAAGCAACAGUCGCCCGGCGACCUCUCCAAAAGCAGCUCGAACUCAGACAGAAUACUCAGGCCCAUGUGCUUCGUGAAGCAAUUAGAGAUUCCCCAGUACGGCAGCUACAGACCCAACAUGGUUCCCGCGACCCCCAGGGCCAAUCUCGCCAAGGAGCUAGAGAAAUACUCCAAGGUCACCUUCGAUUAUGCAAGUUUCGACGCUCAGGUUUUCGGCAAACGCUUGCUUGCCCCAAAGAUUCAGACAAGCGAAACCUCACCCAAAGCCUUUAAAUCCAAACCUUUUGCAAAGACCUCUUCUCCCAGCGACAGCCCGUCCGGCAGUUAUGUGAAAAGCACUUCCUCAUCGUCCUCCUCCGGCUUUGAUUACACUCACGAUGCCGAGGCCGCUCACAUGGCCGCCACCGCCAUUUUGAACCUUUCGACCAGAUGCUGGGAGAUGCCGGAGAAUCUUAGCACCAAACAGCAGGAUCUCCCCAAUAAAUCCAUGGACAUUGAAGUGGAUGAAAACGGGACCUUAGACUUAAGUAUGAACAAACACCGGAAAAGGGAUAACGCCUUUCCUUCCAGCAGCAGCUGCAGCAGUAGCCCCAGCAUGAAAUCCCCGGACCCGUCUCAACGCCAAAACUGCCCCAGUGCCACAAGCAGCACCAUGACCUCACCCCAAUCCAGCCAGACCUCUCGGCAAGAUGACUGGGACGGACCCAUUGAUUACACCAAGCCGAAUCGCCACCGCGAAGAGGAGCCGGAGGAGUCGGAGCCUGCGGGGGCAUCUUUCGCUUCUUCCGAAGCCGAUGACCAAGAGAUGCAGGAGGAAAACUUUGAGGAUCGGAAAUACCCCGGAGAUGUCACGCUGACCAAUUUUAAACUGAAAUUUCUCUCCAAGGACAGCAAGAAGGAGCUUCUGACAUACUUUUCUGCACAACGGGAAUUUCAGCCAGUACGCGAUGGGGGGUGCGCAAGUCCAAAAGGGGGCGAAGGAGGAAAAAAGGCAGCAACCCUCAUGAAUGACUGCCCUACCCCAGGCUGCGACGGAAGCGGACACAUUACAGGGAAUUACGCCUCUCACCGCAGCCUUUCUGGUUGUCCUCUUGCUGACAAGAGUCUCAGAAAUCUCAUGGCUGCCCACUCUGCUGAUCUCAAGUGCCCAACUCCUGGCUGUGAUGGCUCCGGACACAUUACAGGGAAUUAUGCUUCUCAUCGGAGCUUGUCAGGCUGCCCCCGUGCCAAGAAAAGCGGAAUCAAAGUUACGCCGACAAAGGAUGACAAGGACGACCCCGAGCUAAUGAAGUGCCCUGUGCCAGGCUGUGACGGGCUUGGACACAUCAGCGGGAAAUAUGCAUCUCAUCGCAGCGCGUCAGGCUGUCCGCUGGCGGCCCGUCGGCAGAAGGAGGGGGCUCUGAAUGGCUCUGCCUUUUCAUGGAAAACCUUGAAGAACGAGGGUCCCACUUGUCCCACCCCGGGGUGCGACGGCUCAGGUCACGCCAACGGAAGCUUCCUCACCCACAGGAGUUUGUCAGGCUGUCCAAGAGCUUCUUAUGCUGGGAAGAAAGGGAAACUCUCAGGAGAUGAUAUUUUAGGCACAAAAUUCAAGACCAGCGACGUCUUGGAAAACGAUGAAGAAAUUAAGCAGCUGAACAAGGAGAUCAAUGACCUGAACGAGUCCAACUCAGAGAUGGAGGCCGACAUGGUGAACCUCCACACUCAGAUCACAUCAAUGGAGAAGAACCUGAAGAACAUGGAAGAAGAAAAUAAAGUAAUUGAAGAGCAGAACGAGGCCCUGUUUGUGGAGCUUUCCGGGCUAAGCCAGGCCCUUAUCCGAAGUCUUACCAAUAUCCGCCUUCCACACAUGGAGCCAAUCAGUGAGCAGAAUUUCGACGCCUAUGUGAAUAAACUUACUGACAUGUACACCAAUCAGGAAUGCUACCACAACCCCGAGAACAAAGCUCUGUUAGAAAGUAUCAAGCAGGCCGUCAAAGGGAUUCAGGUUUAAUUUAUAAAGGAGGACGACAUCCGGUCGAGUAUUCAGGUCAACGAGCCAAUCGGUUUGUGUGUUGAAUAAAAAUAUAUAAAAAAAAAACAAAAACAAAAACUAAAAAUGGACCAAAUGAAUUUAAAUUAAAUGAAAAUAAUAUGAAAAAAAA